AUGGCCAGUCUGCAAAUUUUACUUGACAGACAGCAAGGACUUCCAAACGAAGUCCUUCAGAGAGUGCUCCUGCAUCCAAAAGGUAUAAUGCUCUGGUCCCGAAAAACACUUACAGUGUUUUACCAACGGUGCAAAGAUGACAUAGUAUAUUUUGAUGCAACAGGAAGCAUUAUCUCAAAAGAUAAUGCUUCUGCUACUCCGUACUAUGUGUAUGAAAUUAUAGUUCGAAAUCCCUUCAAGGGAUCCUCACCUCUUCCAACAGCAACUUUUGUUACAUGUGACCAUACCACGGCUUCUGUAACAUAUUUUGUACAAGCAUUUCAAACAGAGCUUACACGAAUGUAUGGAAGCAGGGCAAACAAAAGGCCAGUAAUGAUCAUAUGUGAUGGCUCACUGGUGCUUCUCCAGUCCAUUGCGAUAACAUUCUGCAGAGCAAGUUUGGAAGACCUCUUGGAGAGAUACUUCCAGGUUAUCACAGGACAGUUGGACACGGAUAACUUCAACAUACCCAUUCUCCACCGGUGUUUGAGUCACAUCAUGAAGAACGCAAAGGAUCUUUGCAAAAAGAGACUUGAGAAACACUACAAAUUUGGCAUGCACGUUUUUGGAUUACUGGCCUGUUCUUCCAACCUGAAAGAUUUCGAUGGCAUUAUUGUAAGUGCAACAGUAGUUUUCAAAAGUCCAUGCAGUGGACCAGAAGUGCAAAAACACCUGCAGAACCUCAAACUGCUGAUCAAUCCGACGGGAAAUGGUGAUGAUGAAGAAAAAGACAUCAUUCCAGAGGACUACAAGUGUGACACCAAUAACAUUGUUUUGUAG